AUGAAGCAAGUUUACCCAACUUUUACGUAUCUUCUAGUCCUCUUUGUGCUUCUUGUCACAGCUGGUGCAUUGGUUGAAGCACAAAAGUGCAAGCCAAGUGGCAAAGUGAAAGGAAAGAAGCCCCCGAAAAAUGAGUGUAACCAGGAUAAUGGCGCAGAAUGCUGUGAACAAGGAAAAUUUUACACCACCUACAAGUGUUCGCCACCCGUGUCCGCUCAUACAAAGGGAAUUUUAACAAUAAACAGUUUCGAGGAGGGUGGAGAUGGGGGUGGACCAUCAGAAUGCGAUGGUAGGUAUCAUGAUGAUGACACACCUGUGGUGGCACUGUCAACAGGAUGGUUCAGCAACAAGAAGAGGUGCCACCACCAUAUCACCAUUAAUGGAAAUGGAAGAAGCGUGAAGGCGUUGGUGGUCGAUCAUUGUGACUCUACUAUGGGAUGUGAUGAUGAACAUGGUUACCAGCCACCCUGCUCAAAUAAUAUUGUUGAUGCCUCAAAAGCUGUUUGGAAAGCAUUAGGUGUCAAUGAGAAGAACAAGGAAUGGGGAUGGAUGGAUAUCACCUGGUCUGAUGCUUGA